AGAGGGUGGUGCGGUCUGCCCAAUGCAUCCCCGGGGGUAAACUACCUGGCCUCCAGGACACCUAGAACACCCGAUGUCAUAGGAAGGCCAAAAAGAUCAUCAAGGACAUCAACCACACGAGCCAUGGCCUCUUCACCCUGCUAUUAUCCAGAAGGCGAGUCAUUUUCCUGAGGAGAAUAGCAGCCCAAUGACAGCUGAGAUUGAGGAUGCCCUAGUAUGAGCCGGAGGAGCAGUAGCAGCCCCAGCCUGUGGACCGUACUGCCUCAGAGUGGCCCUGCACCAUGUGAACGCUACAAGCACGCCUGCUGCUCCUACGGGGACAGUGUCUUUGUGUUGGGAGGGAGGGAGAGCCACUCGCUCAGGGACUUCUGGAGGUAUAAUGUUGUACGCAAUGAGUGGACAGAGUUGGACUGUAGCUGUGAGGCAGCACCUGAGGAGCUACAGGAACAUUCCAUGGUGGCCGAUCAGGGUGUUCUGUAUGUCUUCGGUGGAAUGAUUGAUUCUGCGUACACUAUAUGGAAAACACCCCUCUGGGUGUUUGAUAUUGUGAAAGAGCAGUGGGUGUCCUGGCAGGAUAGGAACCCCCCCUCAGAAUCAGGUGCCAGUCAACAGGAAGGGCCACAGUGCCGUGGUGUUUAGCUCUGCCAUGUACAUCUACGGAGGAUACAUUGACAUGAAAGCCUCAUCACAGGAGUUUUGGAAGUUAGAAUUUGACACUAUGUUGUGGUCCCUGCUGGACUGUACCCAGACAGAGGUGGGUCCAGGUCCCAGACACAGCCACUCUGCCAUGACACACCUGGACUGCAUGUACCUUUUCGGGGGUCUGAGAGGCCUGAGGGAGCAGAGGGAUCUGUGGAGAUGGAACUCUACCAGUCAUUCCUGGAGCUGUCUCAAUGCCACAUCAGGCCCCCCUAAGCUGGUGGGCCACUCAACUGUGGUCUACCGGGACAGCAUGCUUCUGUUUGGAGGAGGAGAGAGCCAGCACACACCCAGGAGCUGUCUAUGGAGGUACAGCUUCACCACCCAGACCUGGGGGAAGCUAGCCGUGCUACCCGGCUCCAACCCACCUCCCCACAGGAUCUACCACUGCUGUGCUGGCCUGGGCCCUAGCUACCAGCCUUCCGUGACCACAACCACCAGCACCACCCUGAUCCCCAGCACCACCAUCAGAAACAGACUUGACAGCAAGAUACGGCCGUUCAAGAACAAAUGCUUCCCAUCCUCCUCAAAGACAGAGGGCACUAUAGAGCUGGAGACAUUUAGUAGCUCAGAGAAGCUAUUGACUGAAGUGGAGGACUAUUGUAAUGGUCUAAGUGGGAAUGACACUCAGCGGUUUGGGAAUUGUCUGACCUUUGAGAACCAGGAGGCCUUCAGUAAGCAGUGGAGCUGUGAGAAUAUAGAGGAGGAUGGUCCAGGUAAACCAGAGGAGAGCCAUGAGAGCAUAGCACAAAACCUGCCUGAUUUGCUACUGGUGCUGGGGGGAAAGCCCUUAGUUAGACACACGGUCAUCUCUGUGUGGCAGAUGACAUUGGCUGACUUCUGAGCUUUGAGAGAAGGAAUGGCAUUUUAUAAACUACAGUGCCUUGGAGAGUAUUCAUCCCCCUUAGUGUAUUUCCUAUUUUGUUGCGUUACAACCUGUAAUUUAAAUAGAUUUUUGACGGGAUUUCUUGUAAUGGACAUACACCAAAUAGUCCAAAUUGGUGAAGUGAAAUGAAAAAGAUUACUUGUUUCAAAAAUAAAUUAAAAAAUGGAAAAGUGGUGCAUAUGUAUUCACCCCAUUUGCUAUGAAGCCCCUAAAUAAGAUCUGGUGCA